UUGUUCCUGAUACAUUCUGCAUUCAGUUUGAAAGCCUAGUGUUACCAGGCUUCACUCACAGCAGUUCUGAAGCUGACAGUGCUACUCUAAGAGUAUCUAUUUGCGUUCCUUUUGGAAACAAGAACCAAAGUUGUGCUAAAACAUGAACACAAUCUUUAUUAAACCUGCAGUUCAUAAACUAGUUCCAAAGAACAAGGUUUUCACACAAAUUCUCAGGGGAGAACAAACAUAAAGAUCAAAUCUGUUUUCUUUACAGCGUUGUUGCACAGUUUUAUGCUAAAGUAUUGUCUAAAAGUUGCCCAGCGCUCUUUGAUUUCAUUAAUACAAACCAGAGGGCUGCUCCUAUCCAGCACUUAAAGCUGGAUUCAGCAUUUCUAGCUGAGAAGGCUAAAAACAAACUCAAUCUUUGCACAGUACCAUCCUACUAACUUAGCAAAGUACACCUUUGCACUCUGGAGCCACGCUCACAAGGCAAAACCAUACAGUCAUCUCCGUGCAGGUACGGCUGUUCACAUGGAUCUCUCGCUUGCUGUGCUCAGCAGCUCGCUGAGAUGGAGAUGAAGAUAUUUUUAGAUCGUAAAAAUUUAAAAGCAAAAGCCCAUUCCUUGGUUUCCGAGCCACAGUUUUACUUUCCCUCCUCAGCCCCCACCCCGGGCCCACGCGGCGCCCCCUGGGUACUGUAGUUUUGGGCGGCGCGGCGGAGCACGCCUUCCCCAUCCUUAAAAUCCCCCAGAAGAAAUUUUCCAGCAUUAUCGGCUUCCUGAUCCUCGCGACAAACAUUUGGCACUCAAACAAGAGUCUGGAGGUGGAGGAGAGAGUAGGACCCAUAGCAAGGCUGCAGUAGCAAGGACCAGAACAAGCCAGCUGUGAAACACCAACUAAUGGCUGAUCGAGUGCUUGUGAUCGGCAGUGGAGGGAGAGAGCAUGCAUUGGCCUGGAAGCUGGCCCAGUCCCCACAUGUAAAACAAGUGUUUGUUGCUCCUGGAAACGCAGGGACAGCCAACAAUGGAAAAAUUUCAAAUUCAGCUGUCUCAGUCAGCAAUCAUGCUGCACUUGCUCAGUUCUGCAGAGAUCAGGAGAUCAGGCUGGUUGUGGUUGGUCCAGAGGUUCCUCUUGCUGCUGGAAUUGUUGAUGACUUGACAGCAGCUGGAGUAAGGUGCUUUGGUCCCACGGCAAAAGCAGCUCAGCUGGAGUCCAGUAAGAGCUUUACCAAAUCCUUCUUGGAUCGUCAUGGGAUCCCAACUGCAAGGUGGAAAUCUUUUACUGAUCCGAAAGCAGCAUGUAGCUUCAUUAACAGUGCAAACUUCCCUGCUUUAGUUGUAAAAGCCAGUGGCCUGGCAGCUGGCAAAGGAGUAAUUGUGGCAUCAAACAAAGAAGAAGCCUGUAAAGCUGUUAAUGAAAUCAUGCAGGAUAAAACUUUUGGCACAGCUGGGGAAACUGUUGUUGUUGAAGAACUUCUUGAGGGAGAAGAAGUUUCUUGCUUAUGUUUCACUGAUAGUGUAACAAUUGCUCCCAUGCCCCCAGCGCAAGACCACAAGAGGUUAAAGGAUGGAGAUGAAGGCCCUAACACUGGAGGGAUGGGAGCUUAUUCUCCAGCACCUCAGAUUUCUAAAGAUUUACUGCUGAAAAUAAGAGAAACUGUUCUUCAGAAGACUGUUGAUGGCAUGAGGAAAGAAGGUGUCCCUUAUCUUGGUGUGCUUUAUGCUGGGUUAAUGCUUACUAAAGAUGGGCCUAAAGUUCUAGAGUUUAACUGCAGAUUUGGUGACCCAGAAUGUCAGGUGAUUCUUCCACUGUUGAAAAGUGAUUUAUACGAAGUUAUGCAAGCAGUUAUCAAUAAAAAGUUGUCCAGUUCCAUGCCUGUCUGGUUUGAAGACAGUGCAGCUGUCACUGUGGUCAUGGCUAGCGAAGGGUAUCCAGGAACGUAUCCGAAGGGUUUGGAAAUAACAGGACUUUCUAAGGCUAAAGAACUAGGACUGGAGGUGUUCCACGCAGGCACAGCCCUGAAGGAUGGCAAAGUGGUGACUAAUGGAGGAAGAGUCCUUACAGUAACUGCUAUUAAAGAAGAUCUAAUGACAGCACUGCAAGAAGCCAACAAGGGAGUAGCAGCCAUAAACUUCAAGGGUGCCAUUUAUAGGAAGGACAUUGGUUAUCGAGCUAUAGCUUUCCUGAGUCAAUCCAGAGGCCUGACUUACAAAAACAGUGGGGUAGACAUCGCAGCAGGGAAUAUUUUGGUUCAGAAAAUUAAACCUCUAGCUGCAGCCACGUCACGAUCUGGCUGCAAUGCAGAACUUGGAGGAUUUGCUGGCCUCUUUGAUUUGAAAGCAGCUGGUUAUAAAGAUCCUAUCUUGGUAUCUGGAACUGAUGGUGUUGGCACAAAACUCAAGAUUGCUCAAGUGUGUAAGAAACAUGACACUAUAGGUCAAGACCUGGUUGCUAUGUGUGUCAAUGACAUCCUGGCUCAAGGAGCAGAGCCCCUCUUCUUCCUUGACUAUUUUGCCUGUGGUAAACUUGAUGUUGAAGUGGCUCAGGGUGUCAUUGCAGGAAUAGCUGAAGCAUGCCAAAAGGCAGGAUGUGCUCUUUUGGGAGGAGAAACUGCCGAAAUGCCAGGCAUGUAUCCACCCGGCGAGUAUGACCUGGCAGGCUUUGCUGUCGGUGCAGUAGAGCGAGGGCAAAUGCUGCCCCAGCUGGAGAGAAUUGCUGAUGGAGAUGUGGUUAUUGGAGUCUCUUCUUCUGGGGUUCACAGCAAUGGGUACAGCCUUGUAAGGAGGAUUGUUGAAAAGUCAUCGCUGGAUUUCUCUUCUCAAGUUGGCGUCUCUGGUGAUCAGACAUUAGGAAAUCUGUUGUUAACCCCUACUAAGAUCUACAGUAAGACUCUGCUGCCUGUCCUUCGCUCAGGCCAUGUGAAAGCUUUCGCACACAUCACUGGGGGAGGCUUGCUGGAAAACAUCCCCAGAGUUCUCCCAGACUCCUUUGGUGUCGUUUUAGAUGCUCUUAGCUGGAAGAUUCCUGAAAUCUUCUGUUGGCUCCAUAAGGAAGGUAACCUCUCUGAGGAGGAGAUGACUCGGACAUUUAAUUGUGGGAUCGGUGCAGUUUUGGUCGUUCAGAAGGAGCUGGCUCAGCAAGUGCUCAAGGAAGUGCAGAAACACGAGGCAGCCUGGCUGAUUGGGAAAGUUGUCCCUCUACAAAAAGGCUCUGCCCAUGUUAAAGUCCAUAACCUGCUUCAAGCCUUGCAAGCAAAUAGGUCACUGUCUGUGCACAGCCAUAUCCAAGGCAAAAUCCAAACAAACAAAGUGAAGGUUGCUGUCCUUAUCUCUGGAACAGGCACAAACCUGGAAGCCCUCAUAAAUAGCACAAAGAAACCCACCAGUUUUGCAGAAAUAGUUCUUGUUGUUUCUAACAAAGCUGGUGUGGAGGGGCUAAGGAGAGCUGAAAGAGCUGGUAUUCCUACAAGGGUUAUUGACCAUAAACUGUAUGGAAGUCGCACUGAAUUUGACAGUGCAGUUGACAGAGUCCUUGAAGAAUUCUCAGUUGAGCUGAUCUGCCUUGCUGGAUUUAUGCGAAUACUGUCAGGUCCUUUUGUCAAGAAAUGGGAAGGAAAAAUAUUGAAUAUCCACCCAUCCCUACUGCCCUCUUUUAAGGGAGCAAAUGCCCACAAAUUAGUGCUGGAAGCUGGAGUCCGAGUAACAGGCUGUACUGUGCACUUUGUGGCUGAGGAGGUUGAUGCUGGAGCAAUCAUUUUCCAAGAGGCAGUUCCAGUGAAGGUUGGUGACACAGUGGAGACCCUGUCUGAGCGGGUGAAGGAAGCGGAGCAUCGGGCUUUCCCUGCUGCCCUGCAGCUCGUUGCCAGUGGGGCUGUGCAGGUGGGCGAAGCCGGCAAGAUCUGCUGGAAGUAGAUCCUUGGAUGUGGCAGCUGAAGAGCAUCCAUUGAGCAAAACGGAGGUCAUAGUUGAAAAACGCACACGCUGUAUUCUCUUCACAAAGCGGCCCAGAUUCUGGCCAUAUCCACUGACUUCAAAUAUUGAACCUGCUCUCAGUCAGACACCAAAUAGAAUUGAACUUCUGCUGACCAUUUGCCUUCAGGGAUUCCCCCAUCAAUCCAUAUGUGAAUUCCUCUCAGAGAUCUGUUCAGAGCCAAAAGAGCAGAGCCUGCUUUGGCCUGAGCAGAAAGGGAAUUAGGACUGGAUACAAAAUGCAUUCUCUGCUUGUGAGACAUUCUUUAAAACUUCUGUUGAAGUUAAGUGCCUGUAUUCUGGGAAUGAUAUUUUCACUUAAAAUAAUGCUGAUGCAAACCCAGGAAAUGUUAUAACUGAAAACAGUAAAGUCUUUUUCACAGUUGAAUUAUUGUGAAAAAGCACUCAGUUUUCUUUUUAAUUUUUAGUAUAGCUGUGAAAAUGCUUUAAUUUUUUUACUAAAAUUAUCAAUUUUCUUCCAUAUAAACCAUAAGCAUCUGCUUGCAGCUCCUUGUCUAUGUUUUAGAACUACUCUCAGAGAAAACCAGUUUCCCCUUCUGUGUCCUAAUCUCAAUUUGGAUUUGAAAUAAAAGUCUAAUAAUGUUAGUGAUUUGAAUGUAUCAAUAUUUUUCCUUGGAAUUCCCUUCCAAGGGUAUAAACUGAAGAAGGGAUUUAUGAAGCAGAAUCUGUCUUCAUCUGCCAUGCCACAACUGUAAAUCAGUUUCAGAGGUUACAGACAUGCAAGGAUUAAGGUGAAAUUCCAGAGUGUGGUGACCUUACUGUUGCCAUGACCAGAUGGUCGGUGAUAAAGAAACUUGCUGACAAAAUAUUCCUGUCAUCAUUUGUCACUGAAGAUAAAGCUCAGGUGAAUACAGAGGAAAAUUACAUGGUCAAAUCUAAUUCACCUGUAGAAGACAAAGAAUAAAGGCUGAGGCUUCAGCACAGCAUUUAUCUGUACGAGUCUACGUUUCCACAGAAGGGUCAUCCCACAGGCAGAUGGCCCCCAAAGAUUGAAAUCUGCCUGUUGCAGAGAGAAGGUAAAGGUGCAGGGAGCAUCCUGAUCUGGUUGGGAUCCAGUCUGCACAAACUCAGCUCAUCAGCCAUGACACAGCACAGCUUUUAAGAAAUCGUACUUAAAUUUUAACUCACGUGGUGCUACUUGUUUUGCAAGGGGUGAAAUCACUACCAAUAAUUGCACAGUUAACGGUUGUAACAUUGGUAAAAGCAGUUUCAUCAGUGCCAGGAAGGCCAAAACCAGACAGCGUAGCAACCCCAAAUUCAAAACCCCAAUUCAUCAGAGACGUCUUGAGCUAGACUCAGGUAUUUUGCUGUCUAAGACUGAUGAGAAAUGGGAUUUAAGCGCCUAUCUGCAUUUCUACAAAUCCAUAAAAUGAAAAUCUGUUGUGAAGUGGACCUGAGUUACCAGAUUAAAAUACUACCAGCACUCCCAGUCUCAGAGGGAUGCCAUGAACUCCAUUGGAGAAGGGUAUUUGAUACGAUGGUGAUAGUAUGGAGAACUACAGAGCACAAUACCUUGCAUUCUAUAAUUUUAUAACCAUUUAUUUGCUUGGUUUGAAACAUCAUCCAUCCUGCUUGCUAUGCAUUCCAAACAAUACACAACAUGAAGUAACUACAGGCCAAGAGCAAAAUAAGCAACAUGUUUAUCAUAAAUAUUAGCUAUAUAUGUAUACUAUAUAUAUAUAAAGAUUUGUUCAUCUCUCCUUGUUACAGUUCUUCCUAUUUCUCCUACAUUGAGCUCCUUGCUCCUGCUGCUGCAGUGCAAAAGACAAAUACAGACUACUGUUCAUAAAUGCACAGCAUGCAGCAAGAAAUGGAAUUCCCCUUUCUCUUCCCUCCUCCUCCACAGAAACACCACUGAGAUACACAUUAAUUAAAUAAAUAGGAGUUUCUGAAUGGAGCUGACUCAUGCUCUCAAACAGCCUGACACAGCCAGCAGCAGUUACACAGCAUGUCCCUUACUAGUAUGGGAUGCAUACUUCCAGAACAAGAACUUUUUUUUUCACUGCAUCUAAUGGUUGUUAGUGAUCUCUCCCCAGGAAAGUCAGCUCUGGCUACAUGGCAAGUAGGGCUGGGGAUGUCCUGCUGAUUUCAUGGAUGGAGGAAGAAAAAUGCCUGAAAUCUGGUAACAGUUUCUAAUCAAUUUUCCACACCACCAGAUACAGAAGUUUUAUCACCAAGUUCUGGGAGCAUCUGUGUGCAGUGCCUUCCAAGAAUAGGGCGAAGUGUUAAGAUUUAUGUUUGCUGUGCACUAUUAAACGCUGCACUGGCAAUAUAAUCCAUGAAGGGUGGUUUAUCUCACUUUGUUUUGCCUUCUGAAGAGCUCCUGCCUUGCUGGUCAUCAGCUCUUCUUUUUGGCAACUCACUACACGUCUGUUUGUUACAAGGGCCUACAAAGAGAUUUUCAUUUCAAAAGUAAUUUCCAUGUUCACUUUUGCCUACUUAAAGGCACAACACCAUAUCAAAAGGACUGCAGCAGUAAUUUUGAAGUGAUGAUGGACAAAGUUCACCAUGUUGAAGGCUGAAUUACUGAAUGCCAUGUGCUCUGCAUUACCCUCCCACAAAGGCCCUGCUGGUUACAGUAAUCCAGAAUGAAUAUAUGAAUAUACAUGAUUUCCAAUGCAAACACUGAAAAAUAUGACUGAUAUCCAGUGCUGCUGCUUUAUUCUUGGCUCUUAGUUACCUCAGACCCUCACCAGGGUCAGAGUGAAGGCAUAUCUGCAGUGGCAACUGGAGGUGCUUGCCACUGACCACACUGAGUUUGCAGGAGAAACGCAGCUGGCAGGAGUGGCUGGUGGUGCCACAGCUUCAGGGAGCACAGGACUUCAGUGGCUUCACAGAGGUCUGAGAGUUGUGGGCAUGGCCUUGCCGCUACAGGAUGGGACCAGCAGGGCUGCUUCUCCUCUAUAUGGCCUCACUGACUCCUUUGUGACUUGAAACACCAUCACACACCCUCUUCAGGCAGAAAAUGAUCAGAGGGCUGGAGCGCCUCUCCUAUGAAGAAAGGUUGACAGAACUGGGCAUGAUAAGCCUAGAGAAGACCCCAGAGAGACGUCAUUGUGCCCUUCCAGUACUUGAAGGGAGUUUAUAUUCAGGAGGGAGACCAACUUUACACAGUGA